ACUACGCAUUCUCUUUUGCUUUUCAGUUGCAAGUUGGAAUCAUGAUGAAGUUUUUGCUGCCGUUUUUCAUUUUAACUUUAAUUCCAAAGCAACCCGGAAUAUAUAUGUUAAAUCCAUUUAUUAAGGAUAUUGUGAACGAAAACCUUAAUUUUGAAACUUUAUUCCCUCAAGUAACUGAAGAGGUAAAAGUAGCACUUAUUAAUAUAACAGCUGGGUUACCGCAGUGUCUGGAUUCCAGUAGGUUCCCUUCCCUCGGCUGUGAAAAUGAAAUAGACGGCGGAAGUAACGUGAUGUCAAGUGUUACGUAUAUAUCGUGCUUGUUAAAGAAAGUUUGUUUGAAUAAUGAUACUGCUAAUUUAGUCAAAGUGGUAAACUGUCUUGCAAUACUAAGUACAGCUAGAGUACACUUUGUUUUAGUAGAUGUUAAAAGAAAUGUUACAGCAAAAAUAGACGAAUGUAUUGGUAGUAUUACUAGUAGCCAANAAAUAUUGUGA